AUGGCUUCUCCUCCAUACUCCUACUCUCCGACCGCGCUAUCACCACCAUAUCCGUCCUCUGCACAACUCCCGAUGUCGAACAAGAAGCGUGCCUCGGAUGGCGCCCCCGCGGGAUCCGCUAAGCGCCGGAAGGCUUCGACGCUCUCCGUCACCUCAGCCGCCGCCCAUCCCCUCCGCCAAACCUCCUUCCCCCCCGAAGCCGGAUCGCCUUUCCCGCGUUCACCAUCGGCAGAUAACCUGAGCGUCGUUAGCGGCAGCCAGGUCAGCGCGCCUCCUAAGAAGAAGCGCGGAAGGAAGCCUAAGAACCAGACGAAUGUGGAGACGAGAGAGCAGACGCCGUCGCUCUACGACCGCUACGAACUCUGGCGCGCAGCCAAAUUGACAGAGUCUGUGGUGAAGAGGGUUGUCAACGCGACUGUCUCGCAGUCAGUACCGCCGAACGUCGCUCUUGCCGUCAAGUCGGUAUCGAAGCUCUUCAUUGGAGAGCUUAUUGAGAGAGCUCGAGACGUGCAGGGCGAGUGGAUCAAGGCCACAGGCGAGAAACAGUCCGAGGCGCCCACGCCUCCGCCGAAGGACGAGGCCAGCCAGACCCAAGCUGCUAAGGAGGACAGAAGGGGUCCCCUGCGGCCGGAUCAUCUCCGUGAGGCGUGGCGACGUUACAAGAUGUCUGGAGAUGGAGGCUGGGUUGGCAUUCAGGGUCUAUGGCACGAACAGCAGCAGAGUGGAGUGGAGAGAUUUCCCGUCCGAACUGGCGGACGGCGGAUUUUCAGGUGA